GUUGGAAACAGACAAGCCAUGUCCGAAAAGAAAGACAUGGAGUACUGUAUGAAAAUGGGAAACCCAAGCGGUUUAAAAACCCAGUUGAAGGGGUGGUAAGAUAACAUGGUGAAGGCAACCUAAAACCCUCUCCCCUCACCCCUCCUAAUUAACCUCCAACAAGCAAAGCAAAGAAUUCACUUUCUCUAUUUAUUCCGCUAUAUCUUAAGUCUUUCUUCUUGCUCUCUUCAUUCUAAAACAAAACAUUACUUGGCAUCAUGAUUCAUGUUUUCCUUCUAUUUUCUCUCUGUUUUUCAGAUUAUGGGCUUAUACUAGGAGUUACGUCUCUAGGUAUCAAUUACGGUCAAGUUGGCAACAAUUUGCCUCCACCCGACAAGGUUCUUGAUCUCUUGACCGCCCUUAAGCUCAAAAAAGCAAGAAUCUACGACACCAAUCCUCAGGUUUUAACCACAUUUGCCAACUCCAACAUUGAGCUUAUCGUCACAGUUGAAAACCAAAUGUUACCUGUCGUAAUGGAUCCCCAACAAGCACUUCAAUGGGUUAGUACCCAUAUCAAGCCUUAUUUUCCUGCCACCAAGAUCACCGGGAUCGCCGUAGGAAAUGAGAUCUUCACCGACGACGACACAUCACUGCUAGGGUAUCUUGUCCCCGCCAUUGUCAGUAUCCAUGGUGCUUUAGUUCAAUUAGGACUGGAUAAGUACAUUCAGGUUUCGACCCCCAACUCAUUAGCGGUUCUGGAGGUAUCUUACCCUCCUUCCGCUGGCAGUUUCAAGGGGGAGGUCUCGGGUGUCAUGUCACAGUUUUUGCAGUUUUUGUCAAGCACCGGUUCCCCAUUUUGGAUCAAUGCCUACCCAUAUUUUGCUUACAAGGAUUCCCCCAACAAGAUUUCCUUGGACUAUGCUCUUUUCAACAAGAACCCAGGGAUGGUCGACCCUUACACCAAGCUACACUACGACAACAUGUUAUACGCGCAGGUUGACGCUGUUGUUUAUGCCAUGUCUAGGUUGGGUUACGGUGGGAUCGAGGUGAGGGUUUCCGAGACGGGGUGGCCGUCUAAAGGGGACUCUAAUGAAGUCGGAGCUACCGUCCAGAAUGCAGCUGUUUACAACAGGAAUUUGCUGAGAAGGCAGAUGAGUAAUGAGGGGACACCUCUGCGACCAAACAUGAGGUUGGAAGUGUAUUUGUUUGCUUUGUUCAAUGAAGAUAUGAAGCCCGGACCGACCUCUGAAAGGAACUACGGUCUCUUUCAGCCUGAUGGAACCAUGGCUUACAAUGUGGGCCUCUCUGCCUUGGCCACUUCUUCAUCAACUUCAUCGGCUUCCAUUUCUCUUACUUCCUCUGCCACCAAGGCGUCAAAGGUGGAAUAUCAAAGCUUGGUGUACUGCAUGUUUUUGUAUUUGCUGACUUUCCAAGGUUUUAUGAGAAGACAACAUUAGGCAAAAAUGGUGACUUCAGCUGCAUGUAAAUAUUACAUUUUGGUAAGGAAAAAAAAUUGGGGUUUUCCUUUUUUAGGUCAUUUGAUCAUUUCUGAAGGAAAAAAAAAAGGAAAAAAGAGGACCACUUAACACUAAAGGUACCCCAAUUUUUAUCACCAAGUUAACCCACCAAAAUUGAACUUUCUCCACAGCUGAUGAUGGAUUUCAUGAGUAUCCUUUCAGCAUACAUGUUCAACAAAAAAGGAUCAAAUUAACCAUUAUGAUCAAAUGGGUAUAAUUUCAAAACAUACCCUUUUGUGAAUUGUGUUGAUUUUCUUUUGUUGAUCAUAUUGAAGCUUAAUGAAGUAAAAAGCAAGAAAGCCAUUGUAUUUCUUUUCAAUAUUCUAGCAGCAGUUCAAAUAUGUUUUAGAAGAAUUAUUUUCUCCAUUCAUGUAAAAAAUUAUAUUAUCAUUGUUAGAGAGAAAUCAAUAAAUAUAAUUCUAUUUGGUCUGCGAAGAAAAA